CAAUGUUUUGCAGCCCUGGUUGCCUCAACAAUGCUGCGUGCCACAUGCAGAAUCGCAUUAAACCUAACUGGAGAUCAGUGCAGAAAAAGCGUAAACAUGGCUGCUUUUCAGAAAAUUGUUGAAAAUAAUCAACGUGCCGAAAUGUUGAUUGACUCAUUAAAGGGAGAGAUGGCGGCAUUACAAAACGAGAUUGUCCAGCGUAAAAAACAGGAGCUGAUUAAAGAGAACGCUGUGCUGGCUAAGGAAAUAGAAGCAGCUCUGGCGCAGCUAGUGGCGCUCGAAGUACGCAAUGGCAAGAGGCAGAUACCGGUGCCCGGAAACCGGGGCAUUUGCACCACAACUGAAACAUCCGAUGCACCUGCGCCUGUUGCGAAUGAGUCGAAAGCAUCCGCCGCUGCCGCUACUCCCAAAGAGAAAAAGGUCAAGGAGAAAAAACCCGCCGCUGCGAAACCAAUUGCUGUGGCGGAGGCUCCAGUGGAUGUCGGACGCCUGGAUAUGCGCGUGGGUAAAAUUGUUGAAGUCGGGCGCCAUCCGGAUGCGGACAGUUUAUAUCUUGAAAAGAUCGAUUGUGGCGAACCAGCGCCGCGUACUGUUGUCUCAGGACUAGUUAAAUUUGUACCGCUGGAGGAAAUGCAGAAUCGUAUGGUCGUUGUACUGUGCAAUCUGAAGCCGGCCAAGAUGCGUGGCGUCACCUCUGAGGCAAUGGUUAUGUGCGCCUCAACCCCUGAAAAGGUUGAAGUGCUAAGUCCUCCAACUGGCGCCGUUCCCGGUGAUUUAGUUCAUUGUGAUGGUUACGUACGCCAACCAGAUGCACAGCUCAACCCGAAGAAAAAAGUGUUUGAAACGUGUGCUCCAGAUCUUAUGACCAACUCUGAGCUGGUGGCUUGCUAUAGGGGUGCACCGCUCCAUGUGCCAGGCAAAGGUAAUGUUGUAGCACAAUCUUUGAAAAAUGUUUUGGUUAAAUAAUUGUUUGGCAUAAUGUUAUUGGCAAUAAAUGCGCUAUGUUUUCCCAGUUA